AUGUCGAUCAAAAACGUCAUCAUCAUCGGGGCGGGCGGAAACCUAGGACCCUCAAUUCUGAAUGCCUUUUUGAAAGAAUCUUCUUUCAACACAACUGUGCUCUCACGUCAAAACUCGAAUUCCAAAUUCCCUCCCGAUGUCAAAGUGAUCCACGCAGACUACAGUUCGCAGGACAGUCUCAAGGCAGCUUUCCAAGGACAGGAUGCUGUGAUAUCUCUUGUCGGUGGCCUGGCACUUGGUGAUCAGCACAAGCUGAUUGACGCUGCCAUUGCGGCAGGUGUGAAACGUUUCAUCCCCUCAGAGUACGGAAGCAAUACGCCUGACAAGCGAGCUCGUGAGAUUGUACCCGUGUUUGAGGCCAAGUUUGCCGUUGUCAACUAUCUUAAGAGCAAGGAGGCGGAAAUCAGCUGGACGAGUAUAGCUACUGGUCCAUUCUUUGACUGGGGGCUGAAGGUUGGGUUCUUGGGCUUCCAAAGCCAUUCCAAGACUGUCACCUUGUUCGAUGACGGCGAGGCUACAUUCUCCGCAACGAAUCUUCACCAGAUUGGUGUUGCAACAGUCAAGGUUCUCGAGCAUGCGGAUCAGACAAAGAACCAGUACGUGUACAUCAGCGGCUUCCAGACGACACAAAAGGAAAUCCUGGCAGCGGCGGAGAAGGUGACGGGUGCAAAGUGGACAGUUGAGAAAGUUAAUGUCCAAGACCACAUUGCACAAGCGCGCGAAAAGCUCCAGAAGGGAGAUUUCUCGGCCAUUCCAGACCUGCUACAGAGCGUGACAUUUUCAAAGGAGGAGCUGGGCAACUUCGCGCCCUUGGGUCUUUGGAAUGACAAGCUUGGAAUACCAAAGGAGAGCUUUGAGGAGAGUGUGAAGGGAGCGCUUGCUUAG